GCUCUACUAUCCUUCGCCGAGAUUUCCCCGCUCGUGAGAACUCGAUAAAUAAUUUCUUCACCGUCAGCGAACGACAGAAUUUCAGGAAUACAUGACCCACAUAAAAAAUGAGAACUUUUUCUCUGAAUGAAUACUGGGACUGGGCGCUACGAAAGAUCAGACUGACGGCUCGGCGAUUGAUUCAAACGGCUGCGGAUAAUUAAGCAUCGUCAAUGACGGCCGCGAUGAUUGACAAGGUCCUCUUGCGCAAGGAUCGCCGUCGAUCAGCAUGAAACACAACCCAACCGAUGCCUGCGACUCCUUUCAUUGACACACUCCACACUCUCGUGGCACACUCUCGUGUGUGGCGUGGUGGCAAUAGCGUAGAGACAAGCGCUCGUGAAACGUCGAGAUUAUGACCUCCGCACCUCCGCGGUUCACUGCCUUGACCCUGCGGAUUUCCUCUACCGCGAGAUAAAGAUUACCUUGGUCGCUCCAUGGCGCGAGCGGCAGCUUUGGGACGUCAAGCAUCGAGCUGUCGAAUUUACCUUGGAAGGUAAAACCUCGACUAGCCAAUGACUACGCCGACGGAUUUUGUGUAAACGGAGAUAAGUAUCGUGCUGUCAUGAUAAGUUUACCAUCUUCCACACGGAUGGAGGAACUUGUAAUUUACGUGUUACUACCAUUGGGUCGAUUAGGUCGAUUAGAUGGAAAAAUCGGUAUUUGUGUCAAUCGUGACAAAUGGCGAUUGUGACUAAUCGCGUAAUUAAUACUUCCAAUAAUCCAAGAUAAAUCUGCAUAAUUAACAGCAUCUCGGAACUCGCGCAGAAGAAAUCUCGAGAUAUCUCAGUGAAGAGAUCUCGGGAUUUAUCAGUGGAUAGAUCAGAAGAUACAAAGUUAAUAAAGUCUCUCAUGCUACAUUAAUUUAUUAAGUUCUGCUUAAUCAAUCUUUCUUUUAAAUAUUAUGAAAGUAUCAUAUCUUUUUUAAUAAUCGCAUUCGUUUGAAUAAUUUUCAGAUAAAGUUUUCCAAGUAUUUACUUCAGCUGAACCGAAACCUUGACAAUCUUUGUACCGCUGCAAAUAUUCGAUUCGUCGCUGGAAAUAUUCGAACAACUUGACAAACAAUGUCUCUCCGCUUCGUGCUGCGGAACAAAUUCCAUCAGCAUUCCUAUCGGAAUCCAAUGGGAGAGAAAAAUCGCGCGUCAUUCGGGUCAAUUACCGGCUAUGGGACGAAGUUCGCGCAACAACCAUCACCGUUCCGGUUGGGCAACCGGGAAAAUUGCGCGUCCCGGUUUUCGCUGCUCUUGGCGCACCCCAUGUGCUGCCCAGAUGACUUGACCAGAUUAGCUCGUGGUAUCAACGCGGAAUCUGAGCCGAUCCGUCAGCCUGAAGCGCGAAACGCUUGCGGCCACAUCUCGCUUUCACUUGGCUGGUCCCGCGCGCGGACCACGUGUGCACCUUCAUGUCGCGCCGAUGUAGCGAGCUGAUGCGUUCACGAAGAAGGAAACGAACCGGCAACGCGCUUCGUGUCUGCUGCUGCCGCUGAUGCUGUUGCUGCGGAUUGCGCGCGUCCGAUUCAAUCUGAUCCGAUCCAAUCCAUGCUUAGUAGUCUUAGUAGCUGCUUGAUAGUCGGUAGUCGCACGGUCGCGCCUCGUUAAAUCGAUAUCGCUCAUCCGCGAGAUCGGGACCCCCUGGUGCCUCGGCACGUUCUCGGGCGCGCACGCAGCAUGAAGCUCUCGAGAACAGCCUGCCUUCGUCCUCGUCGUGACUCGUCGAUGACGUAACGCAUAAAUACACGCCAACGGGGGAAUCGGCAAGCCGGUGGCUUCUUCUUCUGCUUCAUCUUCUUCUUGCUCCUCUGCGAGGAGGAGAAGGAGGAGGAGGAGGAGGAGGAGGAAGAGGAGGAGGAGAGGAUAGUCUACAAGGAGCGGUGGUCCCGAUGGUAGCAGCUUCAUGAUCGGUACGGCGCGAGAUCGUUAUCGCGAGAAGUGGAUGAAUCUCUGAGCUGCCAGGUCUCGUUGCGAUCGAAUCGAGAAGGAGGAGAUAGUACAGCGUACAGGGGAGCAGGGAGAAGAAAAGAGGAGGAGGAGAAGGAGCAACAGCGGCAGGUCUCGAAGACGCCGUCCUGCCAUCAGACACGCUUUAUCCUCCGAUCGACUUGGAGGACUCCUCGCGGAACCGUAUCGCUGAUAACUCUCCGGCUCACUUUCGGGACUCCUGGCUCGCCAAGAUGUGGCGGCUGUCGAUAGUGAUCGGUAUGAUCGCGAUCGUGAGGGCCGGACCGUACGAUAGGAUGGCGGUCUCGAUGAACGACAGGACGCUGUUCAUCAGAAGCCUGCCGGGUUACCCUGGGACCAGGAGCGAUCUCUACGAGGUCUUCAUGGAGCCAUAUUAUUUUGCAGUCGGUCUGAAAGCCGUGGUGGAAUUAAAAGCUCUCGGCGAGGAUGGGUCGCCGAUGAACGGGCCUCGAGGGAUUCUAACGUUGGAGCAGCAUCCCGAGGGGGUCAGGGUCACGGGCACUAUCACGGGAUUAAGCCCGGGAUUGCACGGGUUCCACGUGCACGAGAAAGGAGAUUUGAGGAAAGGUUGCAAUUCGGCUGGCCCGCAUUUUAAUCCAUACAUGGUGACUCACGGAGCGCCGAGCGACCCGUUACGUCACAUCGGCGACCUCGGCAAUAUCGAGGUCGGGCAGGAUGGAGUGGCGCAUAUCGACGGUAUGGAUCACUACUUGAGCCUGGUGGGUGUCCGAGGCGCGAUCGGCAGAGCCCUGGUGGUCCACGAGAAACCCGAUGACCUCGGCCGCGGUGGAACCGAAGAGAGCCUCAAGACCGGAUCGGCGGGCAGCCGCAUCGCCUGCGGUGUCAUCGGCUUCUUGUAAAGAGAUUUGUUAAUAGCGAAUUCGGUCCCUGGAUGCUGCCAUGCACGGAGACGUUCACGAGCGAUCGGUGAACGCACACGUGGCGAUUAUUCUUUGUCGAAAAUCGAUCGCUUUUAUCGCUUUUAUCUGCGAGAGGAUUUGACUGGAUGUCUAUGUAUCUUUUCAUAACUUUCAUAUUUUUAUAUUGAACACUUUGCUAUCUAUGUGAAUCAAGAUUUCGGUCAAAAUAAAUCGACCGCGAUUGAGGAAUUGUUGAUGCGACUCGGAUUUGUAUAUAAUAUUGUGCACACCGAUGCAUCCAACUGGAUUCGCUGGACUAGACGUUGCACGUAGCACCCCGUCCACUACAAUACUAAUUUAAUUGCGCCCAUUUGUACCGUUCAAUAAAUCACAAAUGUAAUCGAGCA